UAUCUUUAACUCUAUUUUUAGAUCAUUUAUAAGAUAUUACAUAUGUAGUGGUCAACUUUUCGCCCACAGCUGACCAAAUUAUCAGUAACUUAAGUCGCCCUUUAAUUAAAAGGCUGUUUUUUAUUCUUGUAAAAUGGAUUAUUUCUUUCUUUGUAUACUUUCCUGCUUGGGCAUCGCAACUGGCAAUAUCCGGCAAGUUCUGAUUCCAGGAGGCGGUGGUCCUGUAUCCCCUUACUAUGGUCAACAUUGUGACGUCAUUUGUAACGAAGAAACUCACGCCGCUGCAACAUCAGCUUGUGCAACUAACGGCAUAUUGUACAAAUCAGAAUGUGAGUACAGAAAUGCCCAGUGUAAGGCAAUAAAAGGUGGCGAUCUUCUGAGUAUGGUAAGCUUCGGCGCAUGCGUUACAUUAGAUACACCAUGUGAUGUUGUGAUGCAAGCAAAAUGUAUACCUCAUCAAAUCUCUGCCAUCACUGGGACUAGCGAUGGAUUUGAAGCAAUUUGUGGCUCAAAUAAUAGAACGUAUGAUAGUACAUGUGAAUUCCGUGCAGCUCAGUGUCAACACGAACAAAUAAAGUAUGACCCACUGACUGUAGCACACACUGGCGAAUGUAAAAUUGAUCCAUCAAACUUAGUCAUGGUAAAUUGUUCAAAGUAUAUAAUGUCCAACUCUGAUUUGGCCAUAGAGGGAGGCAACAUGUAUCCACACAUGCAGGGCUGUCCUAAAGAUUAUCGCCCCAUAUGUGCUAUGGACGGCAGAACUUUCUCUAACGAAUGUGGAUUAUGUAAUUACCUUUUGGCAACACACCAUCUUUCAACCAACACAUUUGUUACGUAUGCGCUACACGAGGGGCGUUGCACAUCAGCCGAAAUCUUUGGAUAAUCUAAAUACAUUAUUCAUCUAUUGUUAUGUAUGUUAUGCUAACAAAUAAAUAGUCUCUGUGAAAAA